GUUGUAGGACUCUGAGAUACAUGACUUGUAGUUUAUCUAACAACCAAACCAAAAAUAAGCUUCACAUGUCAACUCUCGUUCUUUUGGAUGUGUCUUUAUCCUAUCCUCAGAUCACCAAAAUUCUAUCUUCCAAGCUGUCAUGAUGAAUUCUGUAUGGACUACUAAACUAAUCCAUAAAAGUUAUGCGUGUGUGUAUAUAUAUAUAUGUGUAGUGUGAGCAUGAUGAUUCCAUAGGUUGGUCCCAAAAAAUACGUGUCCAUGAAACUUUUCCAAAUUGAUUGAAAGUUAGAAGGAUUUGUAGGAGUUUCUUUUCUUCGCCUUGUUUCUCUUUGUGGUUGUAUAUUCGUUCUUGUUCAUUUCAAGUAUGGGAAAAGUGCAAAAUCAAAAGCUUCAAGAUCUAUGGCCUCAAUAUAAUAAUGGUCAUUUGAAGAAUGAAGGUCCCUGGAUAAUCGAUGAAGAUCAUGAGAAUUGCUGGAUUAAUGUUGACGCUGCAUCAUCAUCAUCAUCAUCAUUAGCAUCCUCCGUCAUUGAAGCUUCGACUAUUUCAGAUGGGUCGUGUUCCUCGAACGAUACAAGGGAUGAUGCAUCGUCAUCAGCUACACAUUCUUCAUCCUCAAAUUCUAGUGGAGCUUUAUAUGACUUGUCCGAGCUCAUGGAACAAUUGCCUAUCAAGAGAGGACUUUCUAACUUUUACCGAGGGAAAUCUGAGUCUUUUACGUGUUUGUCAAGGGUUACAAGCAUAGAAGAUUUGGCAAAGAAAGAGGCUCCUUGUAGAAGGAAACACAAGGGAAGCAAGAAUUUUGAAGGUGGCUUGGAUGCCUACAGAACAUUCACUCUUCCUAAGCCCAUUAUUUCCAAGAAAACACCGAGGGGCUCACUUUCAUCAUCUUUUCUGUGUAGAAGGGGAGGUUUCAUUAAUGGCAGCAGCAGGCCUCCACAGAAACCUUUGAAAAAGAGCUUGGGUGAUGGGAUGUGAACAAAUUUUUUUUUUUUUUCCAAUAGAAAAGUGUAAAGCUUUGAGUUUUUGGUAGGAAAAAUUAGAAUAAAACUACUACUAAAAGAGAGAAAUGUUGUGUACUACGAAUUUUCAUUAAUUAGCUAUUCACAGAGUACGUCCUAACCUGUUUUUGUUUCGUUAA